GCUCUGUCACCAGGCUGUAGUGCAAUAGUGCGAUCUUGGCUCAUAGCAACCUCCGCUUCCCUAGUUCAAGUGAUUCUCCUGCCUCAGACUCCCAAAUAGCUGAAACUACAGGUGCACGCCACCAUGCCCAGCUAAUUUUUGUAUUUUUAGCAGAGACGGGGUUUCGCCAUUUUGGCCAGGAUGGUCUCAAUCUCUUGACAUUGUGAUCCGCCCGUCUCGGCCUCCCAAAGUGCCAGGAUUAAAGGCGUGAGCCACCACACCCUGCGUUGUUUUUCUUGCCUAAUAUUAAUGAAGCUUUCUACCCAAUAAAUGAGGAUUUGAACAGUGAUGGGGAGGUGCGUAAUGGUUGGAUUUGGGACAUAUUUUAUGGGCAGAACAAAUGAAAUUUGUUAGCUCACAGGUGGGCAGUGGAAGAAAGAGAAGUUAGAAGAGACUUCUAGGUUUAUGGACAGAUUGACUAGCUAAAUUACUGUGGUACCAUUUGCUUAGUUGGGGUAGAUGGGGAGAUGCAGGACUGAGGGGGAAAAGAAAAGCUCUAUCUGGGCCACACUAAAUUUGGCCAUGAUUGUGGAUCAGAUAGAUAAAAGCAAGAGAAGAAGGAGGGAAGAAGUCAGAACACAGACCUCUGGGGAAAGCUCACAUGUAGAAAAGAGAUGGAAGAGGAGGCAUCAGAAAGAGACGCAAAGACGAGCAACAUGAGGGGUAGAAAAAGAACAAGGAACGUAACAGAAAUGAAAAAGUUUCAGGAAAGUGGCAAUGGUCAACUAUGCAAACAAGAGGGGAAGGAAGGUGAGGACUGAGAAAGGAUCUUUUAUGUGAACAAUGAGGAGGAGGUUAUUGGUGACCUCUGACAGAACAUUUUCAGCGGAGUGGAUAAGGUCUCUGCCUGAAAGCAAGUGAGUUGAAAAUGCAAGUGAGUGAGGGAAGUGCUUUAAACAAGUCUAGAGUGCUGUGUGAGGCAAUGUGGCUAUUACCGUUGCCACAGCAACAGAAACCAUUUAGGAGAACUAAAAGCUACUGAAAACCCCUGACUCUAACCCAUCAUAUCCGCUUGAUCUCUUGUGAAAGAUAAUGAUAAAAACCAGUCAUUAGAGGGGCAGGGCAAUUUUAAGUUUCUUCUUUUUAGACAUAGCCCCUAAUGAAAUCCUCCCCCUUCUUGAGAAGGGAACUUGCACUGACAUCUACACUGGCUUCUAAAAAGCACAGAUGACCUGCUAUACUUCCUGACUUUCUUGCUAUUGGUUGGCACCAUUCAUAAACAUACUUUGCUGUUUUACUUUUCUUUGAAAUGAGCAAGCUGAAUUAUGUGGAGGAGAAAGGCAGGAGAGAUAGAGGCAGCAGAAGCCAGGGCGGCUGAAACACAGAGACCUUCAGACAUUUUGACUAUCUGAACUAGAUAUCCCUCCAGUGUAUACAUAAAAAGUGAAUGACUCAUUUGAUAAGGAUGGAGAGAACAUUUAUGUCCUUACAUCCAUCCAUCUCCUUAUCAGAAAUGGAACCAAAUGCCACCUUCAGCAAUAACAACAACAACAGUAACUGCACAAUUGAAAACUUCAAGAGAGAAUUUUUCCCAAUUGUAUAUCUGAUAAUAUUUGCCUGGGGAGUCUUGGGAAAUGGCUUGUCCAUAUAUGUUUUCCUACAGCCUUAUAAGAAGUCCACAUCCGUUAACAUUUUCAUGCUAAAUCUGGCUAUUUCAGAUCUCCUGUUCAUAAGCACGCUUCCCUUCAGGGCUGACUAUUACCUUAGAGGCUCCAACUGGAUAUUUGGAGACCUGGCCUGCAGAAUUAUGUCUUAUUCCUUGUAUGUCAACAUGUACAGCAGCAUUUAUUUCCUGACUGUGCUGAGUGUUGUGCGUUUCCUGGCAACUGUUCACCCCUUUCGGCUUCUCCAUAUCAUCAGCAUCAGGAGUGCCUGGAUCCUGUGUGGGAUCAUAUGGAUCCUUAUCAUGGCUUCCUCAGUAAUGCUACUGGAUCGUGCCACUGAGCAGAACGGCAGUAUUACAUUAUGCUUAGAGCUGAAUCUCUAUAAACUUACUAAGCUGCAGACCAUGAACUAUAUUGCCUUGGUGGUGGGCUUUCUGCUCCCAUUUUUCAUACUCAGCAUCUGUUACCUGCUGAUCAUUCGAGUUCUGUUAAAAGUGGAGCUCCCAGAAUUGGGGCUACGGGUUUCUCACAGGAAGACACUGAUCACCAUUGUCCUCGCCUUGAUCAUCUUCUUCUUGUGUUUCCUGCCCUAUCACACACUGAGGACGCUCCACUUGGUGACAUGGAAAGUGGGUAUAUGCAGAGACAGGCUACAUAAAGCUUUGGUCAUCACACUGGCCUUGGCAGCAGCCAAUAGCUGCUUCAAUCCUGUGCUAUAUUACUUUGCUGGAGAGAAUUUUAAGGACAGACUAAGGUCUGCACUCAAAAAAGGCCAUUCACAGAAGGCAAAGAUAAAGUGUGGUUUCCCUGUUAGUGUGUGGUUGAAAAAGGAAACAAGAGUAUAAGGAGUACUUAGAUGAGACCUGUUCCUCUAUCCUUGUGUCCAUCUUCAUUCACUCAUAGUUUCCAAAUGACUUUGUAUUUACAUCAUUGCCAACAAAUGUUGAUUGAUUCUUAAUAUUUAGUUGACCACAACUUUUGUUAAUAAGACUUACUUCAAAAAUUUUAUUCAGUGUAUUUUCAGUUGUUGAGUGUUAAUGAGGAAUACAGGAUGAAAAAUUCCUACUAGAGUCCUGUGGACUGAAAUAUCAGACUGGGAAAAAAUACAGAGCACAUUGGAUCCUACUUUUCUUCAGAUCCUGAACCAGAUCUGUGGCCCAUCAGGCUUUCUAAAUUCUUCAAAACAUCCACAACUUCCCCAGCUUCUAUAGCUCCCCUGCCCUCUUCAAUCCCCUGAGAUAUAGCCAACUAACAAUGCUACUGGAAGCCCCAAAGCAGACAGGAAACACAUCCUAAGAUUCAGGGAAAGACUAACUGUGAAGAAGAAGGCUGUCCUUUCACAAAACAGCAUCAAGGUCCCAAGAAACGACAGUGAGAGAAAAGGGGGGAGACGGAUUAGAGCAAAAGAGAACUGAUGAUAAGUAGGGGAAGGAAGAAUUUCAUUUUGCAUUGGGAAAGGAGUUCUAACAUACUGAAGACAACACUAUUUCUAUUGUUUCUCUCUUGCCAGGGUAUUAGGAAGGACAGGAAAAGUAGGAGGAAGAUCUGGGGCACUGCCCUAGGAAAUGGAAGAAUUGUGUGUAGAAUGGGAGGGAGAGCAUCAAGGUCACGUAUCUUAAAAUUUUUUUUGAGAUGUAGGUUAGUUGACCUUGCUUCUAUUCUUCCCAGUAAUUCACUGGGAUGGAAGCCAAAAAUAAAAGAGUUAUCUCUGGGCUUUGGGGUUGGGCACACAAGGGAAAGAUGGAGUAGAGGGCAAGUUGCAAAGGUUGUUGCACCCCUGAAAUUCUGUAAACAUUUUGGCAGAAGAUGAGUAAGGUGAUGCUGUCUUCCCUCUUGAGAGAGUAGGAAAAUGCUAGAUAGUUUGAGAGAUUCCUUUCUGUCCACUGAAACAAGGCUAAGGAUACUACCAACUACUACCACCAUGACUGUUGUACUGCCAACAAUUGAGUACACUGCCCCUGCUAGGCAGAUUAUGCCAGGCGCUUUGCAUUCAUUAAUCCCAUUUGACAUGCACAUAUAAAGCUCUGAGUUUCCAUUUUACAGCUGAAGAAAUUGAAGCUCAGAAAAAUUAAGAAACUUGUUUAAGUUUACACAGCUAGUAAGAGUUCUCUGUGCAGAAGUAUUGGCUGGGUGCUCUCCCCACUGCUACCCUUGUCAACUUCCAGGAAGAUUGAAAGUCUGAAUAAAAGCUCUCCUCUCCUACCAGCUUCCUCCCCCUCCUCACUUUCACAAGAAAACCAAGGUUUUCUCCAUAGAGUUGUUGACUUCUGGUACAGUAAAGGGUGGAGGUGACAUGGCAGUCUGAAGGUUGGGAGGGACUAAAUCAUUCUUCCUACUAAACACAAAUCCCAGUACCCUUCCCUUAUUUAGCUACCAGAAUGAUGACAGACAGACUCAAACCCUGUCAAGACAGGACCCUGUGGAGGAUCCUCCUAUGGAAAACUGCAUAAUCUGAGAAAAAGGCUGAUUGAUACAGGUAGCUGGGGAUCCUUCAACACAAAAGCUGGGUGUCUGCCCUAUUACUCACCUGACAAUGAAGCCCACAGUGCAACAAAUCCAUUCUACUCACAGCAUUUGGUCAACCGGUCAGAGCCUCAUAAUUAUGAGCAACAGUCAAUGACCACAAUACUUUUGAGGAAAAGGCCCUAACAUGGAAAGCACCAACAAAUGUGAGAGUUAAUAGAGACCUUUUCGUAUAAAAGGUCUCAGCAUUUUCAUCACCCUUACACUUUUAUCAGAAAGCUAGUGGAGAAUGUAUUCAUCCAAAAUAAGAGAUUAAACCAAGAUAGAGGAAAACACAGUAGCUAGGAAACAAGGAAUCCAACACAGGAGAAAGGUGAAGGGAAUUCCCAGGAUGUUGGUGUGUGGCAGGCUCAGAAAGCAACUCAUUCAUGUUGGAGCAGAAUUCUUAAAGGGCUCUAAUAUGGAUGUCUCCCAGAAAAAGAAGAAAUUAAUUGAUUUAUACACAUUGAGAGGAAUUUAUAUUUCUUUUGGAAGAUUUAGAUAAAGUAGUGACAAAUACAUAGAAAAACAAGUAAGUGAAAACAAAAUACAGUUAUUAAAUGCUAGUGGAAAAGAAAUUUUUGUGUUAGGAAAUAUAACCAUAGUACACUACAUGGCUCAGCUGUGAAUAAUAUAUACAUAGCGAAUAAUGUGACUAUAAUAGUCUCCCAUUAUCUGUGAUUUUGCUUUCUUCAGUUACUCAUGGUCAAACAGUUGAAAAUAUUAAAUGGAAAAUUCCAUAAAUAAACAUGUCUUAAGUUUU